AUGUUUAACCUACGCGCGGUUCCGACGGCCGGCCGUCGCGCAGGCAAUCCGGAUUUGCGAACCAAUCAGCGUAGAGCACACGCCCGCACCACGGAGACGCACGCAUCCCACCCCCCCGGAAGCGGAAGUGAGUCCAUUCAAUGGCUGGAAGACAUGUUUUUAGCCAAUGAAAUCGCCCUUGUCGAUUUUGCAAUUACGCUUCGCAUUAUAAUGAAUUGCGAAGAUGAGAAAAUCAACACUCUUGUGUUGUACGGCCCGACCAAUACGGGCAAAUCGCUUAUUUGUAAGCUGACAACGACCUUCCUUGAGCAUGGCAGUGUCAUGCGCAGGCAGGGGGCAUCAGCCUUCGCUUACGAGAACCUUCUUAAUAGGAAGGUUGCGUUAAUGGAGGAGCCUGGGAUCUGCGCUGCUAACCAGCAGGAUCUGAAGCAGAUCCUAGGAGGCGAGACAUUUAAGGGCCCCAAAGACAUGCAGACGACCCAACAGGCUCCACAGCCUGUUCAGAGCACUGCCCAACACCCGCCUGCACCUGCGACUCCUACACCACAUACAUGGCUUAAAGGUGACACCACCACCUUGUCGGCUUGA